UUUAGUUUGUAUUGAACGAAAAUGAAAUAAUUAUUUCUUUUAUACAUUUAAUUAUAAAAUUUAAGCUCUAACUUGGUAUAAUGUUUUUGUAUCACCCUUUCAGUUAAUUUGCAUUCCCUCUAAGGUCAAAGUUCUAAUACCGCCUGUGCCAAAGUCUAUUUAAGAUGCAUUUUCUGUGUUAUUAUUCUGACCAUCGUUUCGGACCCUAGAUUAAAGAAAAAUGUUUAAUGUUGAAGGUUGGGUCAACAUUAAAUUUUCAAAGUUUAUAAGGUAGACUGGAUUAAUAGCCAGGGGUUUAAGCAACAUUUAUUUUGUUACCUACUUUUGUUUCCCUGUUUUACUAGGCCUACAUAUCUAUGAUCAGCUGGUGAGGUUCCCUCCAAUUUCCAUUUUUCCAUUUUUUUAAUACUUUAAUUGGUAGGUACUUUUUAAUAAUUUUCUUUAAAAUGGUGACCAUACAAAGGUCUUUAUUUUCAUAACCUUUACCUUAGUGACAUUCUUUAUUUGUUGAUGAAACUGUCACUAAGUUAGUUUCUGGAGCUCCUCCGUGCUUGAAAAACUGUCAAAGUAAAUUUGGCCACAUCUAAUGGAGGAAAACCACAGAAAAAAGAUAUUGGACAAUUUGGACAAUCUUGCUGAUGGGAUUGUUUUUAAUGACCUCUUCGAGCAACUUAAAAAGAAAAAAAUGUUCAACAGUUUUAUGGAAAAUGAAAUUUUAGAAAGAAGACAGCUUGAUUUUUUAUAUCGCUAUGUGACUACUAGAGGACCCGAUGCAUUUGGUGACUUGUGCAAUGCUCUUAAUGAUAUCAAUCGUAGUGACCUGGCAAACCUUCUGACUUCCAAAGGGUCAGGCAGAGUAAAAGUGCUUUACAAUGGGUCAUGUUCAAGCCAACCCAAAUUGAAAGAACAGUACCCAGAUAAUGCAUUUUGGACGGUCAAUCAAGGUUCUGAAGAGUUUGAUUUGGAUUGUGAGAAGGUUUAUAGAAUGAGAUCUUCACCUAGGGGUUUGGCUUUGGUUAUAAACAUUCGAACAUUUGUGAACGGCACAUUUACGGAGAGGGAAGGAUCAGAGAGAGAUGUGGCCAGACUACAAGAGAUUCUGCCUCAGUUGGGCUACCAAAUGAUUCUGGAGGAAGAGUUGUCUGCUAAUGAAUUACUAAAAAAAGUGCGUGAGUUUUCACGUAAACCUGAACAUUAUGAUUGUGAUUCCACAAUGGUGAUCAUCAUGUCCCACGGGAAUCGUCACAAGGAGUCGAACACUGCCCUCAUUGCUACAAGGGAUGCUCAAUACGUCAGGCUGUUUGAACUCAUCAACAUGAUGUCAGCGGGCAAGUGUGAAGCACUCCAGGGAAAGCCCAAAAUUUUCUUUGUUCAGACUUGCUGGGGAGACGAUUUUAACCAUCCAGUAGAGAAAACUCACAAUAACGGUGUUACCAGUAAUGAAAAUAGAACCAACGAGUUAAAGUCAAAGCUAGAAAACGGGGGUACAGAAGGAAACCAGAUCUUUAAAGUGAAGGUAGAAAACAAUGAAACUGAAGAAAAACAGAUAAUCGAAUUAGAGGCAAAACUAAGGAACGGGUUUGGGUUUGAAGAAAACCACAACGAAGAAAUAGAUACAGGAUUAGAGAAUGGCCACUCACCUGAGGUACAGACAGACAGCGCCUACAUGGGACAUGCAGAUGUAAUAAGAAGUGAUUCUGACAUAUUUAUUGGAUAUGCUACAUCUCUAGGAAAUGUGUCAAUGAGAGAUACAGAGACAGGAAGUUGGUUUAUCCAGACCCUGUGUAGAGUUUUUGCCCGAGACGCCUGGGCCCAUGAUCUCCACUCUAUGCUCCAAACCGUGAAACGAGAAUGCCGAAUACUUGAAUUGGACUCGGAGUCUUACUCCAUUGAAGAAUAUAAUCAAGGGUUCAAUAAAUCUCUUUACUUUCAACCUGGAGUAUGUCUGGCCUGCAACCCAAUCAUGGACAAAUCUUGACAACAGUAUUUGCUAGUCGUAAUGUUUUCUUGGCAGGGUAAAUUAAUUAUGGAUGUUUUAGGAUCAGUUGUCGGUUAUAAAAUUUACUCUCUAACACUUGUAAUGAAAUACUAACAAUCCCUUUAAGUAUUUACAUAUAAUGUAUCUUGCUGUUUGGAACUUUCUCUAACAAAUCAGAGUGAAAAUUGCCAUUCACUCUGUAUACAGUUUGACAGAAAUUCUAUAAGUUUGUAUUUAAAACAGACUUGAAAGUGUGUCGGCUUAGCAAAAAGAAAUUUUAGUUGGUAAAUGUGUUCAGUUCUAGUAGAUUACUAUAAAAUAUUUCCAUUGAUACAGUAUCAUUUGUUUUCUCGAGCUUGUGUGAAUCCAGUUCAGUGAGUGCAAUCCGUAGCGCUAAUUUUUAAACUUAUUUAAGGUUAUGUAUCUAAUGUAAUGUUUCACUGUGGUAUUUUCAAGCAUCUAAUGUUUUCUAUUCUUUAAUUAUUUACUCAGAAGACACGAAAUAAAGACAAAUGCCAACUGAUUGUAAAAGACUGAUCUUACCGGACAUAAUAAUUUUAUAUGAAAGUGCAAUAUGAAUAGUUUUAUAGAUUAAACAGUUAAGUUUAAAAUGUGAUCAAUGAAUUAAAAUCAUAAAAUUAGAUGCUGAAA